AUGAAUAUUUCAGCAAGUACUUCUUUUUCUAUAACCGAUUCAACAAGUCCAAUAAUACAAAGUGACGAGGAAACACUUGAACAAACAACUAGUGAUACUAAUGAAGAGAUGAUUAAUAGAGUUGAUAUGGAUACUAUUGGCACAGAGAAGAACAUUGAGGAGGCUAGUAAAGAUGAUGAAACUUUAGGACCAAAACCCAAACGUCAAAAAAAAUCAGCAGUUUGGUCAAAUUUCACAGAAAUGAAGGAUGCAGAUGGAGUUAUGAAGAUCUCUUGUAUACAUUGUAAGAAGAUGUAUAGCAAAAUCAAAACUACUCCAACAACUCAAUUGCAUCGGCACUUGCAAAGUUGUGCUAACUAUCCAACUUCGUGUCCAAGUCUGUAUGUUGGGAAGUUUGAUAUGGAGAAGAUGAAAGAAUCAGUGGCUCAUUGGAUCAUGAUGCAUGAGCAUCCUUUUUCUAUUGUGGAAGAAGAAGGAUUCAAUUUGAUGCAAAGAAAAGGAAUGCCUGAGUGGCGCGGAAUUACAAUAAAUACAGCAAAAGCUUAUUGCAUCAGCGUUUAUGAGGCAGAAAAGAAGAAGCUGAAGAGUUUAUUGAAAAAUGUUAACAAAAUUAGCCUCACAACGGAUUGUGGGAAAUCAAAGAACCAAAAGAUCGAGUACAUGGUCAUUACAGGUCAUUGGAUUGAUGAAAGUUGGAAAUUACAGAAGCGUGUACUUAACUUUGUUCAUAUUCCACCUCCACGUCGAGGUCUUGAAAUUGCAAAUGUCAUUUGGCGUUGUUUGGAGGAUUGGGGCAUCAAUGGUAAGAUCCACACCAUAUGGUAG